AUGGCGUCCGCUCCACCAGGCUUCAUCUCGCCCACGGGCAAGAGCGGGGCCCGCGUGCGCUACUCCUUUGGUAGACGUCUAAAGAAUGAAGACGGAACACCUUUCAACCCCUUCACAGCAAACCUGCCAUCUCCUCCUUGGAGUCGAAGUCCUCUCGCAGACAAGAUGGCGCCGCACGCGCACGAUCGCGAUCCGGUGACGGGGCGCAAAAAACUGAAGACGAGCGAUCUGCCGCUGACGAGCGCGCAGAGGGGGGCGGUGGAGGGUUUGGCGCAUACGUUUAAGAAGAAGGGGGGCUAUGAUUCACUGCGUAAGAGCGUUUGGGAGGAUCUGGAGAAGAGUAAUUUCGAAGCUUCAUUCAAGGAUAAUUUACUACAAGUUGCGGAGGCGGAGCUCGAUAGAAACCCAGAACAAUUGCUGAAGCUCGAUCGUGGAAAGGCUACGCUGCUUAUUGAAGGGGCUGUUGAGCGUGCGGGGACAUAUCAUGAUGCCGAGGCGCAAAUUGAUGCGUUGUUGGACAAGCAUUUGGCGGAGAUUGAAAAGGGGAUUAGAGGGUUGAGAGCUGAGGAUAUUGGUGCUGAAGCUGCUGCUGAGGAACAAGCUAGGGGUGGCAAGACGGAUGAUCAGUAUACUGCAGAGGCUACGGAGAGGCGCGAGAUGAGGGAGGCUAAGAGACAGGCUCUCAGGACCAAGGAGCGCGAGGCUGCGGAUGAAAAGAGGAGGGUUGAGAGGGCUAAGCGGAAAGAGGAAGAGAAGAAAAUUGAAGCGGAAGUGGAAAGACGGCGUGCUGAGCGGGAAGCCAGACGUAAAGCCGAACGUGAGCGUGAGGAAGAAAAGGAGAGAGAGAGGGAACGCGAUCGUGAUCGUGAUAGGGAUAGGGAUAGGGACAGGGAGAGAGCCAGAGAACGUGAGCGAGAGAGGGACCGCGAUGAUCGACGGGGUGAUAGGGAUAGAAAUGAUCGCUAUAGGAGACAUGAUGAUGAGCCUAUCCGCCGGAGUUCAGUUAGUCAAGCUAAGGACAACAAGGACAUCAAGGAUAUCAAGGAUACGCCAAAGACCGAGCUCACAAAAGAAGAGAUCGAGAGAUUGGAGCAGGAAGCCUUGAAGAAUCUCUUGACGGAAAGCAGAAGGGUUGAUCAACGACCAAGAUAUCAACUGGAACCAGAGGUCGAUGCAUCUCUAGCACCACCCCCUCGCAAGGCUAUGCCCGCCUCUGCAAUAAAGCCUAUCUCUAAUAAAUCCACGGAAGUCAAAAAGAUACCUACUGGACCAAAAGCACAAGUUGAUGCGGAGGGCUUCAAGACACCAUUACCAAGAACCGAUGCGGACCGCGAUAGAGAUAGACGCCGUUACAGAAGCCGAAGCCGUGAUCGAGCAUCAUCUCGCCAUCGUAGCAGGGACAGUCGGGACCAUCGGCGGGACAGCAGAGACCGUGAUGACCGUCGCCGACGCGACGAUAGUAGAGAUCAUCGUCGGCGAGACAGUCGUUCUCGCUCUCGUGACAGGAGACGAAGCUACCGGUCACGUAGCCGAAGUCGCGAUCGUCGGGAUAGAGAUAGAGGUGUUCGCACCUACAGUCCUCGUAUUCUCAGCAGAGAAGAAGCCGAAGCAAUCAAAUUGCAAGGCAUUAAGGACCGUGAGCAGGAAGCUCAUGAAUGGGCUACAGCGAGAAAGGAAGCUCAGGAUAAGGGGCUUCCGCUUCCAAUGUUUAAUGAGUGGAAGAAUGAACGGGAUAGGCAGAAGGAAAAGGAUAGUGGCUCUGCUGCUGUUGUUUCUACGCCUAGGAGUAGGAGAGAUGAUGAUCGAGAUGCGCCGCCUUCUCGGCCGCGUGACCGGGAGAGAUCAUCGCGAGUUGGCAAGAGCAGGUCGCGAUCCCCUACUGAUAGGAGACCGAGUCGCACUGAGAGAUCUACCAGUCCCCCUGGCAUCGAUCGCUAUGUACCUGGUGCAAGUCGACGAGAAAGCACGACUGAUAGACGUCGUGAUCGGUCGAGGAGCAAGGACAGGGAUAGCAGACGUUCGAGGGAUGAUGAUACGAAGGCUAGGAAAAGAUCUCGUUCGAGGGACAGAAGCCGUCGGAGGGAUAAGAGUCGAGAUAGGGAUCGUGACCGGGACAGGGAUAGACGUGACAGAAGGAGCCGAAGUCGGGAUCACGAUCGGGACAGACAUCGGGAUGACCGUGAUCAUGAUAGGAAGCGAAGCAGAAGCCGUGAUAGCAGGAGGGAGUCAAGACGUUGA